AUGUCAACGACCACCACUUACACAACCACCUUCUCGAUCGCGGUCGUGUCCUGGCAGAUAGCUUCGGGAAAUAACCCAUCUACCACAUUACUUUAUAACGACGAAUCAGUGGUAGCAUUCGAUGACAUAUCACCAGCUGCAGAGUAUCAUUUUCUUGUAAUUCCCAAAAAACAUAUCAAAAACAUUAAUGAAUUUAAAAAAGACGAUGUGGAGUUGGUGAAAAAAAUGAAAGAAAUAGGAUUAAGAAUUAUUUCCGAAAAACUUGGUGAAUCGAAGUCUUCGAUUACUUCGACAGAAUACUUGAUCGGAUUUGUUUCACCACCAUUUAAUACAGUACCACAUGUUCAUAUGCAUGUUUUCACAAAACCUAUAACCUGUUGGUGGCCGAGAUCAAUGACAUUCGGAAAUUGGAUAUUUAAGAAUGUCGAUGAAUUCAUUGAUGAAAUAGAUAAUUAA